AUGUCUCGCUGUGACAAGUGCAUGGAAUUUUUCCCCAAGACCUGCAUGACCUCGUACUACGGCAGUCCCCCUUCCUGGCCACCAGAUCCGGCAAGAUACCUGGACAAGGAGAUCUACCAACUUCGGAUCCGGCAUUCCGUAUUCCCGUUCCUGGCCUGCGCCAGCGAGCUCGGCGCGCGGCACCGGGAAGGAAGCCGAGGGCAGCGUGGCGCACAUGCCCGCGUUAAGGGCCUCGGCCUGGGGGCAUGGUGGGUCGAUCCAGUGCAGGAGUCCUUGAUGUACGCUGUGUAUGAGACGAUUUUGCAGGAGGGGUCAAACCUCCAGGGCAUUGACGUCCUGGACUUCUCUUUCUUCCCGACUGCGUUGCCGGCAUCUGUGAUCGCCGCAGGGGCGGCACGGGGCAUUGAGGUCAUUGCCACGCAGAGUGGCUUCGCAGAGCCCGCCGGGGGAUGCCUUCUGGUUGCCAUGUACGCAUGGGAUGGCAACGCGUAUCCUGGCAACGAGUGGUGGGCCGAGAGUGGCAGUCAAAGGUACCUUGGCAUGACGGACGACUCCGCUGCUGCAAGUUGCUCUCUGAUCACCUCCCUCCAGCACCCGGGCAUCAAUGGCGAGCGGCUCUGCUAUGAGGUGGCUUCCUUCUACUGA